AUGGCGGAGUCCCCUCCUUACGAAUGUGUCGAUGAUUGUCAUGACACUAUGGAUGAGAAUACAGAUGAUUUCGUGAAGAAAAUAGAAACUCAGAAUACAGAUGAUUUCGUGAAGAAAAUAGCAACUCAGAAUACAAAGAAAAGAGCAACUCACAAUACAACGACAGUACAAACUCUGCAGAUAGAGCAGAUAGAGAAGACCGAGAAGGCAGUACAAGCUCGUACUGGAGUCAAGCGCAGCAGAACACAUGAAAUUGAAACUGCUCAGAAACAGAGUACUGUGGAGGGCAUUGGAUCUGUUCUUUCAUCUAGUUCAAUGCAUAAAACAUUGGCAGGGGAAAAAAAAACAGGAACGCAGGAAGGAGAUAUGCUCCAUUGCAAUGAUGAGACACUUUCGGGAGCUUCAUGCAUAUCAACAUUAUCAUCUGAAUCUGUAGUGAGAUCGAAAUAUCCUCAAAAGAAGGUCCCAGAGAGUGUAGAAGUGAUUCGGUUGCACGGGACUGGGUUGGAAUACCCUGAUGAUGGCUUUGCUUGGAAAAAAUACGGAAGUAAAGAAAUUCUUGGAUCCAAGUACCUGAGGUCAUAUUACAGAUGUAUCUAUAGAGAUACUAGAGGCUGUUUCGCCACAAGGUCGGUGCAAAGAUCUGAAGAUGAUCCUUCCACAUUCGAGGUCACUUACAGGGGAAGGCAUAGUUGCGACAGACAUUUGGAAUCUAGUUAUCAAAAGGUUUUCAUGUUUUCCUUCUUUUUUGGAUGUUGAUGGGUUAAUGUGCUCGGUAUAAUAUCGUUUACACCUACGUCUUUUGCAACUUCGCAGUUGAUUCAAUGCUUAUCUGCUCUAGGGUUUAGAUACUUUACAAACUAGGUCGCGUCAUUGCAGGCAAGUGACAUGGCUAGACAGCCAUGGUCUAGCAAUUUUCAUGCCUAAAUUAUGCAUUUAUAGGAUUUCAACACGAAGAUUGUUCAAUCCUUAAAACCUAUCUACUCGUAAUUACUUUUUGAAAGAAAAUAUGGUGAAAAUUUUCUAUAUUAUAUCGAAAAGUACUAGAAUGAAUAAAACAAUAAUAUUUAAACCUAUACAAUUUUGUCUAAUUUCUGUUGGCUAGGCUAUAACUAAUUUUAUUUCUUUACAAUGUAAACUGAAAGUGACAUUGUCCAGGUGUACUUGUUGAUAAAGUAUAGUUGAUCA